GGGGGAGUAGAGCUCCGAAGAGUGAGGUGAGGCAGAGCUCAUUCAGUGGGAUCGUUGAGCUGCGGAGCUCCUCGGAUUUUACUAACAGAAAAUCCCUCCGUUUGGUCUGUGAAGCGCUCCUGUCCUGGACCGCAGUGCGCUCUGCAGCUCGCUGUGGCUGAGCCUCUCUGAAGCGGAUGAGACAAGACCCUGCAAAGGGACAGCACCAAAAACUUUUUUCAUCGUGGUUUGGAACAAAGUGCCAACAGUAUGCCUAAACAAGUGGAGGUGAGGAUGCACGAGAGUCACCUGGAGCCCAUCGAGGCCAGGCCUCAGUCCAAAUGUGCCAAAAUCUGCUCCAAGCUGUUCAAGAACCUUCUGCUCACACUCACCGUCCUCGGUGUGAUCUUGGGAGCUGUAUCGGGGAUGUUACUUCGUGUUGCCUCUCCGAUUCACCCAGAUAUCGUCAUGGUGAUUGCCUUUCCUGGAGAUAUCCUGAUGAGGAUGCUGAAGAUGUUGAUCCUGCCGCUCAUCAUCUCCAGUUUAAUCACAGGUCUGGCCGGUUUGGAUGCCAAAUCUAGCGGUCGCCUUGGCACCAGAGCUAUGGUCUACUACAUGUCCACCACUGUUAUUGCUGCUAUCUUGGGAGUCAUCCUGGUAUUAGUCAUCCACCCUGGCAACCCCAAACUGAAGGAGGGUCUGGGCGAGGGCAUGCAAAACGAUGACGUGUCCAGCUUGGAUGCCUUCUUUGAUCUGAUCAGGAACCUGUUCCCAGAGAAUCUUGUGCAAGCUUGUUUCCAACAGAUCCAGACAGUCACGAAGAAGGUGGAGGUGGUUGUUCCAGAGGACGUCAAUGCCACCACUAUGGAGGGUCUGCUGGCUAAUGUUACCAAGGAGCCUCAGUACAUUAUCAAAAAGUCCCUGCAGUUCAAAAGUGGCAUGAAUGUUCUGGGUCUGAUUGGUUUCUUUAUUGCAUUUGGCAUCUGCAUGGGCAAGAUGGGAGAGAAGGCCAGACUCAUGAUUGAAUUCUUCAACAUCCUCAAUGAGAUCGUGAUGAAACUUGUCAUCAUGAUCAUGUGGUAUUCUCCCUUUGGUAUUGCCUGUCUGAUCUGUGGUAAGAUCAUCUCCAUCAAGGACCUGGAAGUGGUGGCCAGGCAGCUGGGCAUGUACAUGGUGACUGUGAUUAUCGGCCUCAUCAUCCACGGCGCAAUCUUCCUGCCCAGCAUCUAUUUUGUUAUCGUCAGGAAAAACCCCUUCACCUUCUUCUUGGGCAUCUUCCAGGCCUGGAUCACUGCUCUGGGGACAGCCUCCAGUGCUGGUACACUGCCUGUCACCUUCCGCUGUCUGGAGGAGAACUUGGGUAUUGACAAAAGAGUCACUCGUUUUGUGCUCCCGGUUGGCGCCACCAUCAACAUGGAUGGAACUGCUCUGUAUGAGGCCGUGGCAGCCAUCUUCAUUGCCCAAAUGAACGGUAUCCACCUUGACCCGGGUCAGAUUGUCACUGUCAGUCUCACAGCCACCCUGGCCAGUGUCGGAGCUGCCAGUAUUCCCAGUGCUGGCCUUGUGACUAUGCUCUUGAUCCUGACUGCUGUAGGCCUGCCAACCCAAGACAUCAGUCUGCUGGUUGCUGUCGACUGGCUGCUGGACCGAUUCAGGACCUCAGUGAAUGUGGUGGGUGACUCCUACGGUGCAGGCAUCGUGUACCACAUGUCCAAGGCAGAGCUUGAAGAGCUGGAUGCGCACAUGGCUAAAUCUGACGACAUCGAAAUGAUGACAAAGACCCAGUCUUAUUACGAUGACAUGAAGAACCACCACGAAAACAAUUCCAACCAGUGCGUCUUAACCGCCACAGCUACCACAAUCUCUACCGCCACUGCUAACAAUUCUGUCGUAGUAGAUGAAUGCAAGGUAACCUCAGCCACUAACGGCUCUGCUGCGGAGUGCACGCUUGUUGAGGAGGAACCAUGGAAACAUGAAUAAUGGCAGCACAGAGAUCCCCUGCUCCUGGGCUCCACAAGCUUUCCUAUCUGGUGAAAAAAGAGUGAAUGAAAAAAAAAAGUCACAUGAACAGAACUACUAAUUGUUUUUUAUGUAGUUUAGUUUUCUUUUUUAUUAGUCCCUUUAAAAAGUUUUUGUAACUGUCUAUCUGACUGAUAAAUAAUACUAAUUCACUUAACCGUGAAAUGAUAACAGAGGUAUACCUGUUAGAGCACAAUUAUGUCCUAUAUAGCAGAUACUUGCACAACAUACUUCAAGGCUUGGGAAAGGAAGGAAGAAAAAAAUGUUAGAUAAGAUAUUCCUAGCAAUACAUCCUGGUUCUGAGUUUAUAAGAUAAGAGAAGAUUAGUAUUUGGCUCUAUAACAUGAGAUGCACUGAGACCAUCUUGAGUUUCAUGCAGAUGAUUCAUCAUUCGAAUGCCAGAGGAUGAGUGGGAGUUAGAGCGUUAAUCAUGGCAACCACUAUACUGUUUGUACUGAACUUCCUUGCAGUACAUCCCUGUCAGUACCAUUACAGUGUGUGCAGAAGGCCACUGCUUUUCAGCACACUCCUUCAUCCGAGAACAUAACUUUCAAUUCUUAAACUGUCAGAGCCUUUUGAAGUGCGUCUGAUCACAUAUGCAUUUGCCCAGUAUUACACACUAUCCCUGAGGUCCAGUAAACUAAUGAAAGGGUAGGAGGCAGGGAGAACAAUAACAAACAGGAAAACCACGCUGAGCCUCAUAACCUACAAGCACAGUCACCACAGAAUUAUAAAGCACAAAUCAUACCAUGGAGCCCAUUUCUUUAUCCCCACCCCUCCCACCCCUACCUUUUUUUUCGUCUACUUAAAAAAAAAGGGACUUUUUUUCUUUGUGGCACCUGUUGAGUGAGAUAGAAAACCUAUGUGUGUUUGUGUGUGUGAUAGAGAGAGAGCUGGGGUUAAGAAUAUGACCAAGUCAAUUAUAGGGACCAUACAGGCAGAAAAUCAAUCAACUCACAGAGGCCUUUGAACUGCCUCCAUGACAUCUCAAGCAACACAUUUUUCACACAUCAAUGUCCAUUUGUAACUGGCUUGAUAUGGCCACCCUUUCUGAUGAACUGUAAGCCUCAAAUUUAAAGCUAAGAAAGUCACUGCCCUAAAUAUGAAACUUUAUACAAUAUUUUGACCUUUUCCAAAAAAAAAAUUUAGUGAUGCCAAUGAAAUUAAAUUAGGGUCGAAACCAUUUUUGUGAAAAGAAACAACAAUAAGUAAUUGACAAAUGUGAAUGAAUUGUAGCACAAAAAAGACAUGAUUUAGAGCACAAACAAAGCUGAUGUGCCAAUGAGCUCCGUGGCAUAAUCAAAGUCAUGCACAUUAUCGUCCCAUGUCGAUACUGAUCUUACUCCAAGUUAAAACAACGAUGAUGACAACAGGAGAUACUCAGGCUUAUAUAUUUACUCCUUUACAGGGAAAGAAGAUAUUUGAUGUAAUCCUAAUGUUUACUUGCUCACAAGAGUAAUUCACUUCAAGAAAAUGGCCUCUUAACAGCACAACGUAUGAAAGCUUUGACUUCGAAAAACGAUGACAGUUUACCGCAACGGUCUUGUUGAAAAGACAGCACAUACAGUAAGCACAUACACAUGUUCUGACUACAUUCCAGUGGUUGAAUGAUGCUCAACUUGUGUACUAUUUGAAAGCACAGAUGUGGUUAUUAUUGAACACUGACAGAGUACACUGAGUGAACCACCAGAUAAUUUUAAAAAAAGAAAGGAGGAAGAAGUAGUGCAGCACUUGGCUGUCAGAUGGAUUCUUGGCUUGCACAAACAGAGACAGAUCAUUGAUGUAACACUCUUUGGGGAAGCUUGGCAGCUUCUUGUUUAGCCAGACCUAAAAAGGUAAACAACUAUAUAUUUUAGCCACCAGAGCUCAAGACUGUUUCUACAAACCCUAGAUGCUGCAGCUGUGUGUCCAUAUUGGUGAGAAGAAGUUUAAGAGAACUCAGAACAGAACAAUGGGCACAUACAUUUACACAGAUCAUGCCAGAAUCAGGUAAUAAACAUAUAUAUUCCUCUCAAAGAACCAAAUGGCUUAAAAAUAUCUGCAAACACGCAAACAAAGCUGGACUACUGGCUGUUAAUCUUUUUUAGCCUGUGUGAAGGAGAGGUGAAUAUUCUGUAGUGUGAGUGUGGAUAUGAUUUCUUUAUCAGUAUUGUGUACGUCUCUCUUGUCUUGUUUGUGUUUUAUUUGUGCUUAAUGACAACCUUGCCUUGAAGAUGUUCACUUCAAACUGUACAUUCAGUUUGUUCACGACAAAUGCCAACUGAAGUAACACUAGGAAACUUAACAGAACACUUAGUGCAGCACUCUGUCCUUUCUAGUUCCUGAAACACACUCUCAGAAGACAUCUUUCACUUUGCUUGUUUUAAGCUUGGCUAACAGAAGUGUGCUCUGAUACACCGCACAGCACAGACUGAUGCACACAUAUGCAUACACACAAAAAUAAGCAUGCACGCAUACACAUACCAGUUUUUUUUCCAAUGCACACAUAUGAACACACACACACACACACUCGUAAACACUCUUAAACCUCAAAGGUCACUACAUUUAUAAUUGUAAUCGGCGAGCUGCAGAGCACAGCACUGACAACCUAACAGGCCCUUUGAGCCUGAUCUAUUUACCUUGUGAUCUUCAGGAAAAAAAAAAAAAAAAAAUUCUCUCCAUUAAGGAGACAAUGCAGACCAUAGUGUCACCGAUGGGGAUUGAGUGUUGAACCACUAUUAUGUUCAAACUCACGGUUUUAGAAGCAUGAAUAAAAUAAAAUGAUGAUUAUUUUUUUGCACCACUAUCUUAAAAAGCAUGAUAUUUUGAAGUGCCUCCUUGCACUUUGUGUAUAUAUUGUAGGUAACAGAUGUUUUUUUUUUUUUCUUUUUGGUUUGUUUUGUUCUUUUUUUUUCUUUUGUGGGCAUUGAAAUGGUAUGUAGGAAUAUAGUUUCAUUGCUGUGACAUUUUAAAAUGUAAUCCUCUAGAAAAAAAUAUCAUCUAUGUCCUGAGUAAAAUUAGAUUAGACGAAAUGUAUAGAGAGGAAAUCGUGUUAAUAAAUUGCUUGUUUUUUUAUUCUCUAA